CUGGGAUUGAGCAACUGAUGAUUUUAACCGUUGGCGGCAGACCAGCCCAUCAGCCGAGACUCCACUGGAUGGACUCUCUAAUUGGGAGCUCAAGCUAAGGAACACGGAGGAUCCAGUCACCAGUUCAACGUGCGCUCGACAGCUGAAAAGCCGGACCCGAUCCAUCCGUGCCAAGUUCCAACCCUGCCCUGAACCCGCCAGGGUCAAGAUCCCAGAGAAGUGCCCAAUUUUCGCGGUGCCCAUCACCCGUGGACCGAGGUCUGUCUCCUAGGUCGAAGACGACGCAUUCGGGCUGAGCCGUGAGUAUGACCAUGGACGAGAGUGUGGCUCCCGGGGCCCAAGAGACUUUAGCCACGUCGUUGGCCAAACCGGGCGGAGCGCCCGCCCAUGGUGCCGCCCACAACGGCUCGUUUUCCAUUGAAGGCAACCACCUGAAACGCGGCCUCAAGAGCUUGACCUCGCAUUUGAGAAAACGAAAGCGCCGCGGGUUAGCAGCUCCGGCCUCGCCGGCCAUCCAACCCGAGGGUCUUGGACGCACCACGGAAGAACAAGAAGAAGCUGAAGAUGACUUUGAUCCCGAUCAAAUGGAUCGCGUGUCUAUGUUUUCAUUGGAUACCACCUUGGCCGAAGCGCCGGAGGUUAAGCGGUCCAAGACCAUGUCACGUGUCACGUCGUUGGCCUCAGUGAUGACCACGCCGGUGGCCCGUGUGGGUCACGCCUUGUCACGCUCAAUUAGUGGGGCGCGGUUACCUUAUUCGCCCUCGCCCGGCGGUCGUAACGCGCCCGGAACACCCACCAAGUUCUUUGGCCGAUCCGUGUCUACGGUUCAUAUGACCGGGUCGUCGGGGGCACCGCCCGCCAUGCGUGCUCCGGAAUCGCCCUAUGGCACGUUACGUCGCGGUGCGCCCGGUCGUAACUCGGCCACGAAUAUAACGCCUUACAAAAAACCUCAACCCACCACCAACAAACAGAGGCCUACCCGAUACUGGUCGUCCGAUUUUCCGGAAACAUGCGCUCGAUUGGACAAACAAGAAAUCAGGUUACAAGAGGCUAUUCAUGAGAUGACCUGCGGGGAGGAGGACCUAGUGGAUGACUUGAUCCUCGUGCAGAAAACCUACGCGGAUUCUUUGUUACAGUUGAACAUCUUGACCCCUUCCGAGGUGGAAAUGGUAUUUGGUAACAUUCGGAAACUGACCCCGAUCCACCGGGACUUGCACAAAUUUCUAGAGAGUGCCCGAUCGCCCUCCACCGGUAUAUACAGAAGUGUGGGCCAAUUUUUACUCCAUUGGACGGGCACGGUGCGGUUACCUUACAUCGAUUACUGCUCCACAUUGAUCAAGGUGAAAACAUUUUUGGAUCUCCGCCGAGAUAGCGACAAAGACUUCCGCGACUUUCUUCAGCGAUGUCUUGAAUCGCCCUUUUCGAGAAAACUAGACCUUUGGGCGUAUCUCGACGUGCCAAGGUCAAGACUUGUGAAGUAUCCGUUGCUCUUGAAACAGGUGCUCAAAUUUUGCGAGUGUCCUUCCGACUCUGGUCUCCUCACCAGUGCCAUUCACCAUCUCGAAUCCAUUCUGCAGGACGUAGAUAAGGCCAUGGCCCAAGCUCGUUGCCAAAAUACGAUCGCCCGACUGGAUUGGUUAGACGAUUGUCCCGUGGACGCCAAAGUUGCCGUGAACAACGCAUCGGAAGAAAUUUUAGAAGGCGUUUUACGCAACAACCGAGGAACGAAAUUGGAAUGCCAUCUGAUGGAUACUGUGUUGAUCUUGGGUCGCCCAAGUACUCGUGGUCAAGGUGGAGUGAAGAGAUUGCAGGUGUAUCGCACGCCCAUUCCUAUUGAAGAAUUAGUCUUGGAGGACAUCGAUCAACAUGGUACCGUUUCCAUGGGAUCUGGAAGUAGUAGCGGUAGCUCUGGAUCGAGCACGUCAUCACUAUCAUCCAGUGGUUCUAAAAACGGCUCCUUCAAAUCAGCCUUUUCUCACUCCCAACCUUCCAAGGGUUCUAGUUUCCGUGUCAGUUUUCGUCGUGGAUCUCUGGCACCUCAACCACACUCACGGGGAGACACUCCCGUGGAGCGAAAUAACCGAUCCGAUGCCGACAGAAAGCAGUUAUCGCACACUUUGAUGGCCACUGACGAGCAUUCGAAAAGACAGUGGUUGACUUCGCUCCAGAAAACCAUCGAUACCCACAUGGCCGUGCGACAAGAGCAGGAACGCGAGGUGGAUUCGCACUCGAACCCUCCCGCCAAAACUCAUUCCAUCGUGUCUCGAUUGAAGUCUGGCCCAAGGACAGCAGGGCUGUUCCAAAAAAAUAAACGAUCCCCGAGGAUUAAGGCCAGUCUUAGUUCGACGCAUGUAGACUCGUUGAAACGCGGGAGUGCUAUCAAACGGUUGCGGACCCACGCAGCUUCCACGUCCGCACUCAGACCCGACAACAUGCCCGUUUUCGACGAGAAUACUCCAGUUCUGCAUCACAAGAGCGUGCCGCGAAUUCUGAGUUCGUCCGGGGGUCUGCGAUUGCGGAGCGGCACUGUGGGAUCCGCCAAACCACCGCUCCCGUUGUUAACCUCGGGUCAACACCAUUCUGUGGAGAUGCGGAAACGAGCCUCUUCAAAUGGAGGACAGCCCUUGACUCCCUUGAAUGAGAAACAAUCUACUACGGCGGUCAAAAGCAAAAGCGGUCGGCUCGAUCACAUCCGGAGGGAAAAGCUCGGCUCUCGCACCAAAUCCUGGGGUCAUUUGAUGGCUCGAAGCGAGGAGCAUCUCUUGGCAUGCAGUCUGGACGGACAAAGGGAUAUGCCCCGCUAUUUGACGCGGAGCACCUUGAAAAAGAUCAGCAAGAGCAUGUCGGAUCUGUUGGAAUUGUGAUUUUGCUCGAUCCAUGCUUCCCCCCCCCCCUUCACAUACAUAUCAAUUCAUCUAUCAUCCGUAGUAGUAUUAUAUUAUGGUUGUGCGUUUUUCAUCAAUUUGAACCCCGUAAGGCAACGUUCAUGGGUGCUUCAUGCCCAUGGAUCGAUGACCUAUCAAUCCACCAUUAGAAUUUCAACCCAGUCCGCCCACCCACUCACGGGAAUGGGCGGAGAUGGGAGCCAAUGAGAAUGAAAGAGGUGUGUGAAAGAGUGAUAAUGAUCGCUUGAUGUUGUGCGCCAGAAUUUUUAAGAAAUACAAUAUACAGUGCCCUUUUAA